UCCUGCUCGGAGAUCAUGUCGGAGCUGGACCGAAUCAACCAUCCAGAAGCUUGGGAGGGUGAAGGCCUCACCCAGCUGCCUUUCAACAUGGCGGACGAGUGUGUGCCGAAUUGGCACAACGUGGUUUUGGUCCCGGAAGUGGCCUUUUGCGACCAUUCUCUGGGAGACGGCUGUCUGCUUGAGCGAAGAGUCCCCGAGUGG